GCCCGUUCUCAUAUCAGUAGGGAGCCACCAAGCACUUUGUUUGAUUCGAAGUCAUUCAGUGUGAAUAGUCUCGUACACAAAUUGCGAAUAUCAAACCAUUUUCGUAGUAACACCAACAACCUUGCAGAGAAAUCGACAAAAAGGACGCAUCCGAAAGUGCAACAGAUACAAUGCAGUUCGUCAAAAAGUCAGUAAUAGUAGUUGGAGGUUAUGGCGGAAUUGGGAUGGAAACGUGUAAAAUAUUGCUGAACAGAGGAAUCAGUAAUUUAGGUAUCUUCGACUUGACUGAAAACGAUGAAAAACUAAACUCUCUUCAAUCUGAUGACGGAAAUGCUCAGAUAAGAUUUUGGAAGGUCGACGUGACAAACAAGCUGGAAUGCAAAACCGCAUUUGAAUCAGCUGCAUCGGAAUUUGGAUUUAUCGAUUUUGUGGUACAUUCCGUUGGAGUUGUGGAUGAACUGGACCCCGAAAAAGCGAUUGGAGUUAAUUUGCUAGGGACGAUAAAUGUAAAUUUAGCCGCAAUCGAAUGCAUGACCAAGGAGAAAGAGAAAGGUCGAGGUGGGGCUAUACUCACCAUAUCAUCAGUCUUCGGCUUGGAGCCUUGUUCAUCAUAUCCAGUCUAUGCAGCUGCUAAACAUGGAAUCAUCGGAUUUCUGCGAUCCUUGGGAACAGAGGAUCUUUACAACCGUACUGGAGUUAAAAUAAUCGUGGUAUGUCCAGGAUUCACAAAGCCAUCAAUGCCUCGCAGUACACCGGACGCCAUAUUUCCCUAUUUGCCGGUAGGAUCUCCUGACGAUCGAUUCCAACCAGUAGCAGACUGUGCCAAACGUGUUGUUGAUGCAGUUGAAGAUAAUGACACUGGAACUAUCUGGAUAAUUGAUAACAGCGAAUUAACUCAGGUUGCACCAAUCAAGUAUUUCUUUCCGCCCCCACCGCAAUAAGUGAAGUGAAUUUUCCAAUGUGGUUUAAUGGAGGUAAAAUAUCUAACCGUAAUGCAGUUAGUAAAUAGUGUUUACAUCCUUGUUUGUCAAGUACCCUCUCUUUAUAAUAUAGUAAGCGAUACAGAUUGCUGUUAUUUAUGACGUAUCUAUAUAAAAUAUGUAU